ACCGUUUAUAAAAGCCAAAGCUCUCUCUUUUCCAAUGCCUCAAAUCCAUCAAUACCAAAUAUUUCUGUUUCUAAGGCAAAACUCUCUCUUUCUCUCUCUCAAAGCCCACCAUUGAUGAAGAUAGAAAAAACCUUCCAUUUUAGCAUCAUAUAUAGUUAUAUAUAAAUUUUAUAUAAGUAUCUUUCUAUCUCUCUUCUUCUAAUAUCCUCCUUGAUUACCGUUGAGGCUAAUUAGGCUUCUAUUUCUUCUUUCCCUUCUCCUUCUAUUUCAUCCAAUUUGAUUAAUUUCAUUGGUCCAAAUUGACCAUCAUGGUUGACUACCAGCCAUUCCUUUCUGUCCAUGUUCCCGAUGACUCCGUCGAAGUCGUUCAAAACUCCUACAGCUCUCCUAUUGACGGAGAUCGAUCCCCGGUUAUCCGCCGACGAUCCGUGAAAGAGAUUUUGAUUGUCUUUUCUGGGUUGUUAAUGGUUGCUCUGUUGGUGGCAAUUAUUGGCGGGAAGGAACCCAAUUUUCAUGCAGACACAAAUGGAUCAUUGGCCUCAUCGAGGCCAAGGCCGGAGAUAUUGCGGCCGGCCGUUUCACGCGGUGUAUCGGAAGGAGUUUCGGAGAAGACGAACCGGUUAAACUCCGCCGGCGAUAACGUGCAGGAAUUUCCAUGGAACAAUAGCAUGUUGUCAUGGCAAAGAACUGCUUACCAUUUCCAACCAGAAAACAAUUGGAUGAAUGAUCCUAAUGGUCCAUUGUUCUACAAAGGUUGGUACCAUUUCUUCUACCAAUUCAAUCCAAACGGUGCUGUAUGGGGGGACAUAGUAUGGGGCCAUGCGGUGUCCACCGACUUGAUCCACUGGAUCCACCUCCCACUUGCCAUGAUCGCCGAUCAAUGGUACGACAUCAACGGUGUCUGGUCCGGUUCUGCAACCAUUGUUUCCGACGACAAGGUUGUCAUGCUUUACACCGGUUUAACCAACGAGUCGGUCCAAGUUCAAAACCUUGCAUAUCCAGCUGACCCAUCUGAUCCACUCCUGAUCAAGUGGGUCAAAUACUCCGGCAACCCGGUUCUUUUCCCUCCGUCGGGGAUCGACAGCCAGGAUUUCCGAGACCCCACAACGGCGUGGCUGACGUCGGAGAAGAAAUGGCGUAUUAUCAUAGGUUCCAAGGUUAACGAGACUGGUAUUUCCUUUGUGUAUGAUACAGAGGACUUCAAAACCUACAAACCUUUGAAAGGAGUUCUUCAUGGAGUCCCAGGUACCGGAAUGUGGGAGUGUGUUGAUUUCUUCCCUGUGUCUUUGAUUGAGAAUGUCGGUUUGGACACGUCGGAGAAUGGACUGGGAUUGAAGCAUGUGGUGAAGGCUAGCCUUGAUGAGGAUAGACAUGAUUACUAUGCUUUUGGCACUUAUGAUGAGAGAAGUGGUAAAUGGGUUCCUGAUCAUCCUGAGAUUGAUGUUGGGAUUGGACUUAGGUAUGAUUAUGGGAUUUUCUAUGCUUCCAAGACUUUCUAUGAUCAAGCUAAGAAGAGGAGAGUUUUGUGGGGUUGGAUUAGUGAAUCCGACAGUGAAUCUGCUGAUAUGAAGAAAGGAUGGGCUUCUCUUCAGAGCAUUCCAAGGACACUUUUAUUCGAUAACAAAACCGGCACUCAUCUACUCCAAUGGCCAGUGGAAGAGACUGAAAGUUUGAGAUUGAGCAGUAAGGAAUUUGACAAAGUAUUGGUUAAGCCAGGGUCAGUGGUGCCACUUGAUGUUGGCACAGCCACACAGUUGGACAUUAUUGCCGAGUUUGAGCUAGAUGAGAAGGCAUUGGAGGAAGUAUAUGAAUCCAAUGAAGAGUUUAGCUGCAGCAGCAGUGGUGGAGCUGCACAGCGCGGCGCUUUGGGACCCUUUGGAAUUCUGGUUCUUGCAGAUGACAGCCGCUCUGAGCAGACUCCCGUAUACUUCUAUGUUUCUAAAGGAUCUGAUGGCUACCUCAAGACCUUCUUCUGUACUGACCAAUCUAGGUCCUCUGUGGCAACUGAUGUUAACAAACAAAUCUAUGGUAGCUUUGUUCCUGUUAUACAAGAUGAAAAACUAUCUGUCAGGAUUUUGGUUGACCAUUCAAUAGUGGAAAGCUUUGCUCAAGGUGGAAGAACUUGCAUCACAUCAAGAGUUUAUCCCACGAAAGCAAUCUAUGGCGCUGCUCGGGUUUUUCUCUUCAACAAUGCAACCGAGACAAAUGUUACUGCUUCACUUAAGAUUUGGCAGAUGAACUCUGCAUUCAUUCACCCUUAUCAGAAUGAGAACCAUAUUGACUCAUCCAUCAAAUUGUCCAAUAAUCUUGUUAUUUCUAUAUUAUUUUUCUUCCUCCUGUUCUUCUUUUUGUAAGAAAAAAAAAAAUGUAAUAGGUUUUUGUUGAUACAUAUAGUUUAGGAAAUUUUAUUUAUUUUAUUUUUUAGAAAUGCAUCUGCAAUUGAGCCAUAUUGAAGGUUCAAUUUCAGAAGUUUAAUUAAAAUGUUGUAUGCUUAUUUACAAUUAUUAAUCAGGGAGCUUUUUUCUCAUAAUUAAAAUUAA